CCUCUGUAUUGUGCCUGUCACUUCUGUCGUUAAGUACAGAGAGGUCGUAGUCUCAAGCAGGUAGAUCAUUAAAUGGUUUUGAAGAGUUCGCUAGCGUAAUUCACACUUUUGGGGUCAUGAUGGAGAUUGAGGAUGGAAAACCAUUGUACGAGCGGAGAUUUGAUGCCGCUGUCAAAGUGAUACAAAGCUUGCCUCCAGACGGUUCUUUUCAGCCCUCCAAUGACAUGAUGCUAAAGUUUUACAGUUACUACAAACAGUCCACACUAGGACCCUGCAACACACCCAGACCUGGUUUCUGGGACCCCGUGGGCAAAGUCAAAUGGGAUGCAUGGAAUGAUCUGGGAGAAAUGCCCAAGGAAGAGGCAAUGAUUGCUUAUGUUGAUGAAUUGAAGCUGAUCCUUGAGGGCAUGCCCUGUACAACUGAGGUAGAGCAGCUGCUGCUGGUGUUGGGCCCCUUCUAUGAGCAGGUGCAGGAGAAAAAACACAUAAAUCAGGUUUCCGACCUGUCUGCAGGUUUUGGGACCAUGAGUACAUCAGCACCUUCAAAAAGUGUCACAAGGAGCAUCAUCAGGACGAUGGAAAUGAAUGGCACUUUGGAGACACGGCCCAGAGUCAUGGCAGUGAAGGAACAGGGGGAGGAAGAGGAGUUUGAUGAGGAAGAUGAAGUUGAAGUAGAAGAAAUUGCUGAGAUAAAGGAGGUGAAGAAAAAAGCAAAUGAAAAGUCGAGGAAAAAGGGCUCAUCCAGGAGACCUAAAGUCCCCCUGUCCGAAGGUAAUGUGAGGAACGGGAUGAGCCACUUUUCCAAUGGGACCCACACCUCCAAGGCUGCACUGAACAGUGAGGACUGAGGGGGCCUCUUGAACAGCACCCUGCCCCUGGAGCCCCAUGUCCAGGUCAAUGGCCACCACGCAGAUCUGGAUGUAUCCUGGCCCUGUCAUGUGGCCAGUGACUCAGACAGCGAGGUCUACUGUGACUCUAUGGACCAGUUUGGCCUGGAAGAGGGCUCUGAGGCACACACUGACCGCUGUCUGGAGCUGGAUGAGGAAGAGCAGGGGGAGAGCCACAGCCCUCUGUCCGAUCAGGAGGGGCCUGCCGAGGCACCGUGUGGGACCCCUGAGGACUCCCAGGGGCCACCCAAGGGCAUCCAGUGUGGCGGGGAGGAUGGGGAGACUAGUGGAGGGGCCUCUCAGAGACAGAUACAGAAUACAGAUAGGGUCGAUAGGAGAGAACGAGGCUCCAGGUCUUCAGGGCACGGCGUGGAGGCCCAGGGGCCCUUGCAGGGUAGCGGAGGGGACGGGGAGCGUUGGGGUGGAGCGGGGGCAACAGGAGGCAGUCUGAAUGAGCAGAUCGUAGUGGCGCUGGCCAGACUGCAGGAGGACAUGCAGAGUGUCCUGGAGAGACUGCACACACUUGAGGCCCUCACUGCAUCCCAGUCGUUGGCUCUACCAUACCCACCGUCACCCCUGGCAAAGAAGGAGAGUAAGAAACCAUCCUGGUGGCCUUUUGACGUGUCUCCUAGCGCUGUUGCCUUUGCUGUGGCAUGGCCGUUUGUGGUGCAGUGGCUUAUCCGUCUAUAUCUUCAACGCAAGAGAAGACGAAUCAACUGAAAAGUGUCCCGUCCCAAAGACACAGAGCGACGAUGAGAGCUCUCUCAACAGUCUCUGGUUGGGUAACGGCCAUAGCCUCCCUUCCGCUUUCCCACCCACACCUCUGUAACUCUAGCUUUUGCACUGUGAAGACGGCACUAGGAGUAGUGAGUUGGGGGAAGCCUCACAGCCCACUGAGUAGUGAGCUGGGGGAAGCCUCACAGCCCACUGAGUAGUGAGUUGGGGGAAGCCUCACAGCCCACUGAGUAGUGAGUUGGGGGAAGCCUCACAACCCACUGAGUAGUGAGUUGGGGGAAGCCUCACAACCCACUGAGCAGUGAGUUGGGGGAAGCCUCACAGCCCACUGAGUAGUGAGUUGGGGGAAGCCUCACAGCCCACUGAGCAGUGAGUUGGGGGAAGCCUCACAACCCACUGAGCAGUGAGUUGGGGGAAGCCUCACAACCCACUGAGCAGUGAGUUGGGGGAAGCCUCACAACCCACUGAGCAGUGAAUUGGGGGAAGCCUCACAGCCCACUGAGUAGUGAGCUGGGGGAAGCCUCACAACCCACUGAGCAGUGAGUUGGGGGAAGCCUCACAACCCACUGAGCAGUGAGUUGGGGGAAGCCUCACAACCCACUGAGCAGUGAGUUGGGGGAAGCCUCACAACCCACUGAGCAGUGAGUUGGGGGAAGCCUCACAACCCACUGAGCAGUGAGUUGGGGGAAGCCUCACAGCCCACUGAGUAGUGAGUUGGGGGAAGCCUCACAACCCACUGAGCAGUGAGUUGGGGGAAGCCUCACAACCCACUGAGCAGUGAGUUGGGGGAAGCCUCACAACCCACUGACAUUACAAUUGAAAUCAAUGAAAAAUGUGAAUGAAUUGAACUGCAGCUUUUAUAAUCAGGCAAGAUUAUACAACUACUGUACUACAUUAGUACUUUUUUUUGCUCUGAAGAAAUGACGAUGAUUUAACUUGGGCGGGUAAAGUUAUUGGUUGUGUAUGUUGAGUAUAGCUUCUUUUCUUGCAAAUAUUGCGUACAUCUUACGGCACGGAUCGGCAACUUUGAUGGGGAUGUGUUCCAAGAAGAAGAAGAAAAAAAACCGAAACUCUUUUUAGCGGUCCGUCUCCUGACAGCGAAGAAAAAAAAAAAUAUGUUUUAAAACUUAAAUUUCCUGCAAUUCUGCAUAUUUUGCCAUGGGGCGUAAAGAAAAUGUUGCCGUUUUUAAAUAUGACUGAUGAUCAGUGGGCCCCACCUCAGUUAGUAAUUUGACUAUGUUUACUACAAGUUUAGACAGCUGGCCACGAGACUAACUGACCAAUGUAAAAACAUUUAGCUGACCUGGGCUUAUUGAGUGACUGCUGAUGCACAACAAAAACCAAAUGUCGAACUUGCAGUUGA